GCAGCAUAUGGCUGCACUGCUCUGCACGCAUCCAGCUGCACCUUGUUCCCUGCCCUCAGGAUGGAACUUACAGCAUCCAGGCUUCUCCCUGGCGUGGCUGCAGCAAGAGACAAGGACUUUCAGGGAACACUGCUCAGAAAAACCACCUUUCGGCUUGCUGAACUCCCCCACCCCUCACCAGGACAAGGCUUACACAGAGACAAGCCAGCUGUUGUACGCAGGCAAAUAGAUCUGUUUCACCUACACAAGGAAAAUUUUGGAGGCCUGUUAACCUGUGGUGUAAUUCCUUUGAUGCGCUGAAUUUUCUAAGGCAUGUAAUUUUCAUUCAACUGCUUAUGAAAAACUUGAGAUGACUGAAAAACUGGUGACCUCUAAGUCCCAGAGACAUGCCUCUGCCUUUCGCAGUAAUUGUCCUCUUCUGCACCAUGAAUGCAGUGCUGGACUUCUGUGACAUCUCCCCUUCUACUCGUCAGGGAUUUACAGAGAUGUAAUCUGCUUCCAGCUGCAAGUCUUCACUUGGCAGUCUUAUCUGGAAGUAUAAAAUGGAGAGAAACACCCGGAUGAAACACAAGGUCAGGGAGUAGAAGCCUUCAGCAGAAAUUAAAAGGAGAGACAUCAUUAACACAGAAGAAAUGAUCAGUCACUCUCCUAUUUACUGCAGGUGGGAACUAUUGCACCAAUCACUCAAAUCUACUUCCUUACGUAACUCAUUUAGAAGCACUGGGCUGAUCUCUUUGAGUUUCUCAGUGUGUUUUGCCUGCAAAUCACCAUUUGAUUAUUUAAUUGCCCCUCCCUUUCCAGAAGGUGUUUUCUCCUGAAGAGAAGUCCAUUAGUUUACUUGCUUUAGAAUAUCAGGAAACCUGGUAGGUUGUAGCUCUGGUAAGCAGCAGAAGUUAGGUGGUUGGUUUUUUUUGUUUUUUUGUUUAAGUCUUUUUAGAAGUUCUUUAUUCCUUGAGUUACCAGAGUUGAAAAAGAAAAAAAUCUGUAAGGAAUAGAAACUACAACAGAAAGGGGGGGGGGGGGGAACUGACGGAAAGGAGUUUACCCUCAACCAGAGGGAAACCCAGAAGAUGAAAUAAGAACAAGUUCUGUAUGUUUUGGUUUUCUUUUCAGUUCCUCUUUGCGCUUUUCCAGCACCUCUUUGCCAUCCCUUUUACUGCUUGUUUGGGGUUGGGUCAGCGUAGCACUGCUCAUUUGUUAGAAGAGUGCGUGGUUAUCUCUGUAAGCCAUAACAAGGACUGGCUUCUAGUUUGCUUUGGGUGCAGGACUGUGGGGAUCCAGCUUUGGUUACCUAGGUAACUGCAAGGGGUUCUGUGUCUCUUAGGGUCACUAGGGCCCACAAACGUUUGCUUCCUUACUGGCUUUCCUAAAUUUGCCUUUGGUUUACCCUCUCAUCUCUGAAGUCACAGGCUUUCUGUUGUUCGCUGGCAUCUCCCUGAGGUUAUCUGGAUGUCCAUCUAUAUCAGCUUAUUUAAAUGUGUUGGCUCCUGCAUGGGCCUGUUGUUUUAUGUGUAUCUUAGAAGCUGACUUAAGUUACGUUUUCUCCUAACUGUUCAAGCCAAGCUUGGGGAGGAAAAAAAAAGCUGCAUAAAACUGCUGGAGGAGGGAAAUAAGAAGGCACUGAGUUUGUCGGUGUAAAGGAUUCAAGCAGUAUGGGUCUCAGCUGGCUGCCCUCCUUGGGUCCUAGGGUUUUCCAGGGACCUGGUUUGCAUAAGGGCAGUCACGUAUUAACAAACGAAAGGUACAGCUAGCCCAGUAUUUCUGCCUCUCAGACAAUGAAUUAAGCAACUAUUUAGGCGAGGAAUGCCUUAAAAACAAACAAACCAAAAACAACAAAAAAAAAAACAAGGUGAGCUUAAACAAUGCCUCAACAUGUAGGUUGGGUGUUUUCUGACUCUCAAAGGUCAUAUAGCCAUAUGUAAUGGAUUGAUAAUUAGCAAUCCUCACCAGAUUUGUCUUCCACAAACCUGUUUGAUUUCCCUUGGAGCACAUCAAAACCUCUAACAUCUUAUGGUAGGGAAUUUCACUGAGGUCACUCCUUUGGUGGAAAAACAAACCCUGCUUUGCUGGUUCUGAGCUCAGUUCUUGCUAACUCCAACUAUUUCCCAUCUAUUUUCUGCUGGUUAUAAUUUUAUCAUCUGCGGUGAAUGCUAUUGGUCAGUUCCUUUACAGGAUGAGUCCUUGCUUAUGCAGGUAAUUACUGUUAGGCUUACCUUAAGGUUUCUUUUACACUGUAUUUUUAAUCCUUGAAGGCUCAAAUUUAGAGGGGAGAGCAGACAAUGACUGCAGGUUUGACCUAGAAGCAAGUACAAACCUUUGAUAGAAACUGAUGAGUGCUAUAGCUCUCUUUUUAUUGGCCGCAUCCAUGUCUUUUCCAAGUAAUCAUUAUUAUAAUGUAUGGAUAGAUAGCAGGAUUUGUAUUGAAAUAGUAUGUUCUCAUAGUAAACUUAGAAAAUGUUUUUGUUUUUUUUUUUUUCACAAGUGAUACAGUGAAGCACGAUUCAUUGAUGUUAGUCAUGCAUAUGCAUGGCUGUCUUCAUGGAAAGCAGAGAGUUAAAUGGCAAGUGGGAGAACAUUGCUGAGUGGUACAUAGGAGAGAGCUGGUCAGCUUCAAGCAGAAAUCCACCCAUUUAGAGUACACGCCUGAGUGUGUGCUGGGUGCUGAGGGCAUGGCCCAGGCCCAAGGAAGAGAGGGCCAAAAUAAUGUUGAUGAAUUGCAGGCGUGAAGGCAUUCCUUUUGUGGUGUGCUGAGGUUCUGAGGCUAUGCUGUGGGGUACAAGGGGGGAUUGUAGGAGUGUGUGGGAAAUGGAGAUGGGCUCUAACUGCAGAAGCCUGCAGCAUUCACUGUGGAGUGUGUGUACUGUGUAUGUAUUGUUUCAUAAGAUAAGUGAUUCAGAACUUCUUCCUCCAGGGUGGGGCAGUAAGUACUUUACUGGAUUGCUUAAAAUGACAAAGCCAAACCAUGACUAAUAUAAAAAAAAAAAAAAACCUUCACCCUACCAUUCUGAUGUAAGUAACUGAAAUUCUACUCAGAAUGAACUUACAUUAUGAACAACUUAUGCCACGGUCUAUUUUUAGUCAACAAGACCUCUGUUACAGUGCAGUCAGUCUGGCUGGCUAUUGUUUGUUCUCUCCAUGUGUUUUUUCUUAAUUCAUGGAUAAAAUGCAUUAACCUGGUGGGUCUUCAGAUGGGCGAGCACGGGGCUUAGGCAAAGAAGACCCAACUGCUUGCCAGCUGACAGAACUAGAUGCUAUGGGCAUUGCUGGGCCUUACUGCCAGGCUGUCUGCUCCAGUAACAUGGAAAACUGCUGUUGCACCCUGUGUUAUGGGGAACCGGUAGUGCUUGUUAACAUGUUCUUCAUGUUAUUCAAAUAUAAUUUGCAGUUGUAAAUCGCUUUCACUUUUAUGACGCGUUCUGACCAUGGCUAACACAGUGAGUGCUCGUAGGGAGUGCCCGCGCUGCAGCCGCUGGGCCUGUGAGGACUUGGGCUGCCGCAAGGCGAUCACUGCGCUGUCGUCCGGCCGUUCCCGACGAACGGAAUCGCAGCGUACGGAGCUGUCAGGGUCGCUGCUCGCCCCGAGCCGCGCUGUGUGUGCCGGUGUGCGCGGGGCCCUCCCGUGAGCGGAGGCAGAGCGGCAGCGUUACGGGGCGGAAGUUUCUCAGGUCGCACUUUUGCCAGGCGGGCCGCGGAGUCUGUGCAUUGGCCUAGCUAUGGCUGCGUCGCUCGCGUGCCAGGCGCCGAGGACUCCAAUGGCGAUUCCUCCAUCAUAUGCAGACCUUGGCAAAUCUGCCAGAGAUAUCUUCAACAAAGGAUAUGGGUUUGGGCUGGUGAAACUGGAUGUGAAGACAAAAUCUGCAAGUGGAGUGGAAUUCACAACAUCUGGUUCAUCGAACACAGACACUGGAAAAGUGAAUGGAAGCUUGGAGACCAAAUACAAGUGGGCUGAGUAUGGGCUGACUUUCACAGAAAAGUGGAACACAGAUAACACUCUGGGAACAGAAAUUGCAAUUGAAGAUCAGAUUGCCAAAGGCUUGAAGUUGACGUUUGAUACAACUUUCUCACCAAAUACAGGAAAGAAAAGUGGUAAAAUUAAGUCAGCAUAUAAACGUGAAUGCCUAAACCUAGGUUGUGACGUUGACUUUGAUUUUGCUGGGCCUGCAAUCCAUGGUUCAGCGGUCUUUGGUUAUGAAGGAUGGCUAGCGGGCUAUCAAAUGACUUUUGAUAGUGCCAAAUCAAAAUUGACAAGGAAUAACUUCUCUGUGGGUUACAAGACUGGAGACUUCCAGCUUCACACCAAUGUCAAUGAUGGUUCGGAAUUUGGCGGUUCAAUUUACCAGAAAGUGAGUGACAAUCUUGAGACUGCUGUAAACCUGGCAUGGACAGCUGGUAGCAACAGCACUCGCUUUGGAAUUGCAGCUAAAUACAAGUUGGAUUCCACCGCUUCUAUCUCUGCAAAAGUGAACAACUCUAGUCUAGUUGGAGUGGGUUACACCCAAACCCUGAGGCCAGGUGUGAAGCUUACUUUGUCUGCCCUGAUAGAUGGAAAGAGCAUCAAUGCUGGUGGCCAUAAACUUGGUCUUGGCCUGGAAUUGGAGGCCUAAAAAGGUGAAGAAACUGCUGCAGAGAAGGGAUAUCAGAAGAAUUUGGCCUUAAAACGUAUUUCCAAUGUGACCAGCAGGCUUUUUCCCAAAAAGAGUACAAGAGCUGUAUUUGUAUUUAGACAGUUACUUGUUAGCUGGUUUCUAGUUAAAUUGGUUACCCGUCUAGUUACAAGUCUGCACUAGCGCAGUCACUUAAACAUUAUUUAAAUGUAUUUAACUGUUCAAUGCGCUACCCACAAAUAAUGAAAUAGACAUCUGAGAAAACUGUACAAUUGUGUGCAUGUUUGUUUUAUGUUCCUUUUGACAUUGGGUAUUGCUGUUGAAUGGAAAAUCGAUCAGUGGAUAUCUUGAAAUGAGGUCAACAGUUUUGUCAAAUCACCUUAAGUAGAAAUACAUUUGGUAUCCCAAGAUGACUCAAAUUAUGAAUAAAACAAAUACACACAUA